UCCACAUCCUUCGUUCCAUUCUCUCACCAAUCUCGAACGUUACACAUUCACACUCUGUACUGUGUGUAUUGGCAACAUUAUUAACAAUACAGUCUUGUACUGAUUGACUGCGCCAGCAUCGAUUGAUUAAUUGAUUGAUUGAGACGAACGAAGGAACGAAUUGAUCGUAUUGAUUUUCUCCGCGAAAGCGCACAACGACAUGGCUUCGAGUGGUGCGGCGGCGCGGGGUCCCCUGGGUUGGUUGCUGCGAUCCACUGGAUCUCAAUGGCUAGUACUGGGAGCCGGAACGAUUUCCUUCUUCCCGGAGCAAGUCCGGGAAGUCGCCUGGCCGACGGUGAAGAACGCCUUGGGUUUGACGGGGUCCGAUGCGGAUUGGCCUUCCUUCUCGUUGUUGUCGUCCCAACGCAGUCUCCGCGCGGACAGCGAGAGUCAACGAUCCGUGCCCAGUUCCAUCGUCAUUCACACCAGCAACGGCAGUAGCACGCAGACGUGGAUGACGACUAUCGUCACUUGGACGGUGGGGGCUACCGCCGUCUGGGUCGCCUACUCGGUCUUUAGCAACUAUCUUCCGGAUCAGAUCAAAACUAUGCUGCCCGUUACCCGCCGCGUCUUUGACAGGGCCACGCAGACGCUGGCCGAUCACGUCUUCCACGUCAAGGAUGUGCUUGGCAAGCAAUUACUCAGACUGACAGCACAGCAGGAUGAACUCGCCUCGCAACAACAGGAAACCCACAAGGAUGUCCGGGUAGUCCAACAGGAUAUGAAACAGGCACGCCUCGAACUCAUGCAACUGCUGUCCGGUAUGGAUCGCUGCGAAGUGCGUUUAGAAGAUUCGGCUGCCGUACAGUCCUACACGGCCCGGGGAGUCAAGUUGCUAGCCAAGUGCGUCGCCUCUAUUAUGCCCGGCAACGAACGGAUUGGCCACGAACUCGAACGUUUCCAACGGGAUGAUUAUCCGCUGUUGGACAAUACCACGGCCAACCAUCCCCACGGUAGGGACGCGGGUCCCGAAAAGGAACUCUCCUCCAGCCGAACUCCGAAACGAAGCAGCAGUUCCAGUAUCCCCUUGCUCAAACGCGAAAGUAUGGAUCGGUCACUUUCGGACGAGACGGUCGCGAGCUUGGAUAGUAUGACGACGAACGAUUUGGAGACGCUGCUUAGCACCGGUCGUAUCGUUCUCGAAACGUAAAAUUUGGAAAAAACAUCUUAAUACAUACACAUAGUAAAGUGACAAUUACAGUCG